AUGCGCGACGUCGCCGCGGUCUCCGCCAACUUUGUCGUCCUUGAUCACCACACCUCGGCCGCUGUGGCCAUGGCCGGCCGCUUUGAGCGCACCUUUUUCGACUUUGAUCGCUCCGGCGCCAUGCUGGCGUGGCAGUACUUUCACCCUGGCGUGGCCGAGGCCGACGCCCCGCUCCUCAUCCAGUACAUCCAGGACACCGAUCUGUGGCGCUUUGCCCUGCCCAACGCCGCAGACUUUUCCGCCGCCCUCAAGGCCCAGCCGCGCCUCUCGCUCCAGUUCCUCUCAACCCUGCUCGACCACGACGAGCUCGACCGAUUCAUUGCCCGCGGCUCAGCCAUCCGCUCGUACAUUGACGCUGCCGUUGCCCGCCAGCUUCCCACCGCCGGCUUCCGCGCCUUUCACGGCUACGAGACGCUCAUCCUCAACGCCUCGGCAAACAUGUCUGAGCUCGGCAACGAGCUUGCUCGCCUCGCACCCAUCGGCCUCGUGUACUACACCAACCACGCCGCCGCCGGCCGGAUUAAGGUGUCGCUGAGAACCGUCGACCCGGCCAUCGACGUCUCUGCCCUCGCCGCCCUCCACGGCGGCGGCGGACACGCCAAAGCCGCCGCCUUUGUCCACCACGGUUCGUCCAUCGACGAACUCUUCGACAACGCCGCGGGAUCGGCCUACGCUGCGGCCGCGGCCGCUGUUGUUUCCUCGGCCUCGGCUGCCGCGGCUGCCACCCGAGCCACCCCCCCGGCCACUCGCCCAGCUUCCGACGCCCGCGCGCCGUCCGGGUCGGAUCCGCGCACUGGCGCGCGGGCCGCUCCGCCGGCACCAACUCCUACGUCGGCCCCGCUUUAUCCCCGCCCGCCGCCCGGCCCGCCACCGGGCGUCCAGUCAAAGUCAAAGCCGACACCGUCGUCGGCGCCGAUUACUCCGCUUCUGCCAUCAAUGUCGACGAUGGCGUCGAUGCUCUCCAACCGCGCCGGGACCUCGCCGCCGCCGACGGCACCCUCGCCGCCGCCACCGGCCUCGCCGCACGAGGCUGCCCGCAUCCAGGCCAAGAUCAUCGAGCACAUGCUUGUCCCGCACCACCUCGUCGGCUUUAUUCUAGGCCGCGGCGGUUCCGCCAUCCGCUCCAUCCGCACCGCCUCGGGCGCCUUUAUCAAGAUCCAGAACCGCUCAGAGGUUGCGCCCGACGCUUCGGGCCGCCGCGUCACCUUUUCCGGCACCCAGCAGCAGGUCUCGGCUGCCCGCGAGCUCAUCAAGGCCCGCAUGGUCGAAGCCGAGCUUAACUUUCAUCGCCGUCGCCUCUGAGCCUUUUCUCACCUCGA